AUGCACAACACCAGGUAUAUUGAUUAUUAUAAUUACAUUGAUUCAGUUAAUGAUGAAGUAUCUAAAUGUACAUACUCAAACAUUCAAUCAUUAACGCAGAGAGAUUUCAAAAAUAUACAGGAAGACGUAAUCCAAAUUUUAUCGCGUUUUAAUUUUGAUGCAGUCGUUUACAAUCCGACAGAAAUAAUAAAAUCAGUAUCUUCAACAACAAAACACUACUUUAGCAAUGAUGCGGCCUUAUAUUUAAGUAAAAUAUGGCCGCCAGUUGUUAAAAAGUCAAAUGAAUUUAUUCCAGAGAUAUUUAAUUUCUUUGUCGAAAUAGCUCACCAGCUUGCAAAUCAAGAUGUUCUUUUCAAAUGGAUUUCAUGCGGUAUUUUUUCCAAUAAUUGGUCCAAAUGCGAUCCUCAGAUCCACACAAUUGUAGCAACAAAAGGACUAUUAGAAGAUGAUCCGAAUACAUCUAUAUUUUUUCAAUUAACAAUAAGCGGAACAGCCAACGUUUAUAAUAUUAGAACUAAUGAACUGUCGAAGAUUCCAAAUAUUACCAACAUAGAUAUAGAUGAAACUAAGGAUACAGUGUCAUUUUACAACAAAAAUGAUAAAAAAGUUUUUGGUUUUAUUUUGGAAGACAAUUCAUCAAUUAAAUUCUGGCCAAGCUUACUCCGUCGCGCCGAAUUUAGACAAAAUCCAUUUUUAUCACCUCCACAAGGUCCAUAUCCUUCGGUUUUCUUAAAUGAUUUUGCAAAACUCGUCGUUAAACCAGAUUCGACGAUAUCUCGUGCAUUACUUACUAUGAUUAAUGGUGACCAAACCAAAAUGCGAGAGAUACUUCCUCAUCUUUAUAAUAUUUAUAUGCGUUAUCACUCCGUUCUUGGCCUAUUCUGCCUUGUUGUUAUCCUUGACUUAGAGUAUAGCCUUAACAAGAUUCAAUAUCUGUCCCAUGAAGGUUCUUUGACUCAUUUACUUUUUGAAUUAAUUGUAGGUAACUGUUCUGCAGAAUUCGACGAGCAAUUUCUCAACAAAAUCAUACAGUAUCUUGAUAAGAAUAAGAAUCUCGACUUAGAAAAGCAAGAUCCUCAAACAACUGUUACAUUCUUUUCAACAUGCGAAUAUGUUCUGAACUGCAUAUCAUUCAUACCGAGCGAAAUACGUCUUAUACUUUCUGUUAUUAAAAGCUACUGUUCUUUGGUUGAAAAUAAUCGAUUCAAAAUUUAUAAAGUUAUUACCUCAUUGUUUUUGAAUCAUACAGUUAGAGAAUACGUACGAAAGGUAUAUAAAGACGAUGUCGGCGCUUUACCUUAUCAAAUUGUUUUCCAUGUUUGCAAUUUAAUUUCCAAAAGGAAAAUUACAUUUAAAGUAACCCCUGAAUGGGAAAAGAGAAUUCAUGAAAAGGUUUUUCCAAAAAUUGAUCGUUUUGCGGUUUUGAUUUCAGAAUUUAAAUCAAAAUCUCAACCACCGACCAAAAGAAUCACAGAACUGGAGAAAGAAAUAUCAGUUAAAGCAGUUGUCAACUACAUCAACUUAAACUUCACAGUUUUUACGAAGAUUGUCGAAGAUUUUUCAAUUCCAACGAAAUACUACUCAACAUGUCUAGGCUGGAAUCUGAGUGUUGCAGUUUCAAGGAUGUUCGUGUGCUUUGGAGAUGACUUGCAAAUCGAAAACAUCCAAAAAGAAUUAACUCAAAAUCCUAAGAAAGAAGAAAAAAAGUAG